AUCACGUGAAGCGCCAAACGUUUUGAAGGACGCCAGUGAGCAAAAUGGCACUGACAGCAGCACUAGCUUUGGUAUUUGCGGCGAUCCUCGCCGUGCCAUGCGACUUUUACAAAAUUCCUCCCCACGAAGAGGUUGCCAGAGUAGCAAGAUUCGUCGUCAACCAGUGCGACUGGGCAUCAAUGGCUACCAUAUCCACCCGUGAUCCGGUGAAAGGACUGCCGUUCUCCAACGCGUUUUCCGUCAGCGAUGGCCCAGUGGGUUACGGAACUGGUGUGCCCUACAUGUAUCUCACCCACUUGGAGAUCUCGGUGCAGGAUCUGCAGGUGAAUCCCCAGGCCUCUCUGUCCAUGUCUCUGGCUCAGACAGACUUCUGUAAGACCCAGGGGUAUGACCCCCAGAGUCCUCUGUGCGCCCACGUGAUCUUCGCCGGAACAGUGUUAGAGGUAAAUGGGACGGAAGCAGACGUUGCAAAGAAGUCGCUGUUCGGUCGACACCCGGAGAUGGUGGACUGGCCUGCGGACCACGACUGGUUUUUCGCUAAAUUGAACAUCACUCAGGUGUGGGUCCUGGACUACUUUGGUGGAGCGAAAACCGUCACCCCGGAGGACUACUUCAAUGCCACACCCUACAAGAGCUUCCACUGAUGGCCACGUGUCAAGGACAAGAAACUGGAGCAGAGGCUCAUUGCUCAUUCUUCAUUGCUCUCGGCUUCAGGCGAGUUUGGCCAGGUUUGGCCUGGUUUGACCUUGUUUGGCCUGGUUUCCUGCUCUGAUUUCCUGGGCCGUGAUCCUCGUUUUCACCUAAGAGUGCUAUUGCAUACAAGUAAAUGAUAUGUGAGAAAGUAUAUUAUUUCUCUUAAAAAAUGCCUAAGUAAGUCAUUUUUAAUCAUGGUAAUUAUGAAGAACUGCUUAAAUUAAUAAUAAGGGGUAAUUGUUAAUUCAGUUUUAGUGUAAGUGUUUGAUUGGCCCAUUAAUUUUUUUUCAUUGCACAUUAAUAUUGCCUGGGUCAGUCUAAACGUACACUAAAAAGGAAAUAUCAAAGAACAACUGCUGCAGCCACCAAUAGCAGCGUGGCAUACUGACCACAAGAGGGAGCUCUUUGUCCAUUGUACACAGAAAGCUGGAAAACAUUUUGUGUGAGGAUGUCUUGAAUUUACUUUUGCAGUUAUAGAUUUUUGUUUUAUAACAGCCAGGACUGAAUGUACAUUUAUCAUGCAUAGACUGUUUCUAAAAAUGAGACAUAUUUUUUUAUUGGUUUAAUACCUGUUUUGAUAAGAUAAUAUAGAGAAAUUACCCUGUCUAGAUUUUAUAAUGGAAUUUUCUCAGGGUACUGAUCAGUUAUACAUUUAUAUUGUAAUAAAACCCGAAUAAAUGUAUCAAUCAAUGUGAUUUAAUAAAGUACUGAGUUUCUACUUUGUA